AUGGCGGAAAUCAUGGGCCAAGCCGCGGCCAACACCGACCCGGACGACAUCGAUGCGGAUGGCGAAUACGAGAUGGACGAUGUAGAGUACGCGCCUGGCCCGCCUAUCGAGGACAUGCCUGAUGCUGAAGGCCAAACUACAGACGCCGAAGGUUCAGACGUGGAUGCCGAGGGCGAAGAUGUCGAUGCUGAGGGUGAAGAUGUGGACGCCGAGGGUGAAGAGGUGGACGACGAUGAGGACGAAGCAGAGCCCGUCGGUGCUGUCAAAAUCGCACUGCGUCGACCCAGGUCCGACGACGAGGAAGAGGACUAUGAUGGCGACGAUGUCGCGAGAGAAUCCUCCGAUGCCAAGUCCAGCGACAGCGACGAGUCAAGCAACCUUGAUUCCGAAGAGGAGAACCAAUGGCAGGCGAGCGAUGGUGGUGAAGAGGAUGAAAUCAUCAGGUCGAACAACCCCAACGUGUGCAUAUAUUGCAAUCUAGACGAGGAUAACGACCCCAGCCCGGAAUUCGAGGAGUACCUCUCUUGCGCCCAGUGCGGAGACAAUGCACAUCGGCAAUGCGCGCGUAACGCUAAUACGCUUAGUCCCGAUGACGAUGCAAAGCUGUGGCGCUGCGAAGGAUGUAUCAACAACUUCCCAACGGAAGCAGAAGAAGAGGCAGAUGAGCCUUCAGCUCGUCGGAGACGUUCGUCUGCGAACAAAUUGACCAAAGAGUUGCUCCCUUCACAUCGUGGGGUUGACCCCGAAGGACAUUCAAUCUUCAAAGAGCUAAUUCUUCCCGACGAAUCAGCAGAUGGAAUACGUUCGCUGCGCAAACGCAAGACUUCGCAGGAAGAGGAAGCGCCGAUUCCGUCAAGGCAAACACGGAAGAAGCGGAGACCUUCCGAAGCAUCCAACUCAGAUGCGGCGCCAUCAGUGCCUGCAGUCUCACCCCGGCCACCUUCAAGAAGCGUACGAAGUGCUCGUAGCGUCAUGACGGAUGGUCACGAGAGUGGAGGCGAGGCAGAGCACACUGGUUCAGAUCGAGAGGCAGGUCGCUUACGACCAGCGCGAGCACGUCGUGGUCAGCCUAAGAGGACCGACAAACGACCACUCGCAUGGAUCGAAGAGGCCCAGCCUGGAAGCCUGAUUAUCGCUUUCCAUCUCAACAACGAGAAAGUCCAGAAGAUUGUCACCGCCAAGCCCAAAGUAAAGACACUCACGCGCGAGCAAGAGCGACAGGAGAGGCGGCGCGAGAGGGAUAGAGAACGUCGCGAAAGAAACCGUCGGGCUGCACAGGCUGCACGAGAAUCCUCAGAGGUCUUGCAUUACCCAACAAUACACAUUCAAAAUGCCGCUCCGUUCCCAGGCUUCACCGACAGGGAGCCAGACGAGGUCAAGAGCAAGCCCUACGGUGGUGUACUUUCAGAAGCGGAUGCCGAUACAUCGAAGACUUAUCCUUCGCCCGCCGACCGGAAGCGGUUCGACGAUGCUCGCAUCAAGGCUGAAGAAGAAUGGAAAGUGAAGCAGGCCGCACUUUACCCGCCCGAACCACUCCGGUCGCACAAGCAAGCAACCACGGCGAGCAAGAUCAAAUGCGUCAAUUUCGGUGGCUGGGAGAUCGACACCUGGCACGCUGCGCCAUAUCCUGAAGAGUACAGCAAAAACCGGGUGCUUUACAUAUGCGAGUUCUGUCUCAAGUACAUGAACUCGGAUUACGUGGCAUGGCGGCAUAAGCUCAAAUGCCCAGCGAAGCACCCUCCUGGCGACGAGAUUUACCGUGACGGCAAGUACUCUUUCUUCGAGGUCGAUGGCCGAAAGAAUCCAGUGUACUGCCAGAAUCUCUGUUUGCUCGCCAAGUUGUUCCUCGGUUCCAAGACGCUAUACUACGAUGUCGAGCCCUUCUUGUUCUACGUCAUGACAGAAAAUGACAACUUCGGGUGUCAUUUCGUCGGCUACUUUUCGAAAGAGAAGCGUCCCAGCUCGCUCAACAACGUUUCUUGUAUUCUCGUACUUCCCAUUCACAUGCGCAAAGGCUACGGACAAUACCUGAUCGAGUUCUCCUACCUCCUGACGCGCGUGGAGAGAAAGACUGGAAGUCCUGAGAAACCUCUGAGUGACAUGGGUUUGGUGAGUUAUCGGAAAUACUGGCGGCUUGUCCUGUGUGAGGAACUACUGCAACAAAAGGCUGCGAUCAGCAUAUCGGCUAUAUCAGAUCGCACCGGCAUGACACCUGAUGACAUUGUAUCAGCGUUGGAAGGCCUACGAGCUCUCGUGCGCGACCCUGUCACGAAGAAGUACGCGCUUCGCCUUGAUUUGAACUACUUCAAGUCAUACAUUGAGAAAUGCAACGCUGCAGGCAACCCGAAAAUUAACCCGGAAUGUCUGAUAUGGACACCAUACGUCAUGGGACGUCUAGGCCAGUACGAAGAUGGACCCGCCCUGCAGACAGUGCAACAGCGCGACGAAAUCGAAGAAGAAGACAAGCCCGCACACGAGGAAGGUGUACAGAUGGCAGCCGCGAAAGCCAACGGUACAGGCGACGAAGCAGACGGCCCCCACCCCGUCGAAGACUCUGUCAACGGCGGCUCACCAGUCCCCGGCACACCCCUCGCAAACGGCUCCACCGUCGCACUCGCCGGCUCCCACAUGGACGAACCCGCAAUCCCGCCCUCCCGUUACGAAAUCUUUCCUCCCAUCCCCGGCCAACCUGCACAGCGCCGCCGCCCAGGCCGCCCCUUCGGCACCCGCCGACGUACCAGCACCCCCAAUCGCGUCCGCAACACAUCCCUCUCCAUCAACACCGCCCCCGUAUCGAAAAUGCAACUCUCGCCCAGCCGCGGCGCAAAAGCCCUUAUGUCGCCCUCCGCCAACGGCGCCCUCACACCGGGUACUAUCUCCCUCCGGCGUACACGCAGUCGCCUCGGCGAAAGCGUCACCAAUGGCGACGACGUCUCAGACGGAGGCGCGGUUAAAGCUGUUGUUGUCAAUGGGAGGAGGAGUACAAGAAGCUCUGCUAGCUCGAGGGGUAGCAUUGACUUCAAGGGCAAGGGCAAAGCGCUGCCCAUUGAAGAGGAACAAGAACAAGAACAGGAGCAUGAUGAGGACAUCGACGCCGAUGGCGACUAUGAUGAGGAAGAGGGGGACAUGGAUGUUGAUGCCGAGGGCGAGGAGGACGAUGAUAUCAUCAUGCAGGAUGCAUGA